AUGAUCGCAGCUCCAAGAAUAAUUUUCGGUAGACAAAUUCAACAACAUUUGCGGACGUUAUCGGCAACUCAGGCCACCAGUAAUUUAAGAGGAACUAGUGUUGUGCAUCAGAACAACUUUAAUUUGCCGGCAUUACAAAAUCCACUGGGAUCAUCAGUUACUAGGCAUUUUAGUCUUACAAAACCCCAACACAAGUACAACAAAAAGGAUGUGGAAUCGGAUAGUGAAGAUGAGGAAGAAAUGGAAUUCAAAGAUGAGCGGGACUCAAAGGUUAUUAAGACCAAAGUGAAUUCAUUGCGUGCCGAUUUGAUAUUAAAAGCCGGCUUGGGAAUGGCCAGAAACAAAGUUGAAAAUAUUUUCUAUGAAAGUCGGAUUCGUGUAAAUGGCAAGAAAUUGCAAAAGAAAAGUGUUCAGCUCCAUGAUGGUGAUGAAAUCGAUGUCAUACGCGGUUUCAGCCAAACCAAUCCGUCUCAUUUAGUAGUGUCUCGUGUUAUAAUUCUCGCAGUGGCUGAACGUGAAGAAGGUUUCAGUGUCCAAUUGAGGCGCUAUAAAAGUUUACUUAUUGAAAACUAUGCCGGCUCAAAUGCCUUUAAAUCUUCUGGAGGAGGAGACCAUUAA